UCUCUCUCUUGUCAUUGUUUCUUCUUCCUUUUUCUUUCUCUCUUUCUCCUCUCUCCUCUCUCAUUUCUUCCCCAAACCCCUCUUAGAACCCUAGCCCCAAACUCGCGGCAACAAGGACGGCAAGUCGGCAACGAGGACGGCGAAGAGUACGGCUUUCAGGGGAAAUUACUCAAAAUUGAAGGGACGGAGGUGAUGGGAGAAGUAAAGCAGUCAAUUGAAGUCACGAAUGGAGGAAAGAAGAGAAGAGUAGGGAAAAAUAAGGGGAAAAUGGCGAAAAAAAAGCAAAGAAUGAUGCCUCAAGGUGCUGAGAACAGGAUGAAAGUUGAUAAAAGAAUGAGGAAAUUGUUUCAGAAAAGGGCGAGGGAAUACAAUUCAGACGAAGAAGGAGAAUAUGAGCAGCUUCAGCAGUCUGCCCUUUCAACUGGGGUUGCCAAGUUCAAGAAGAGUGACGAUGAAUUUGAAGGUGGAUUUUCGGACAAUAGUGAGGAAGAGAACCAAAGGAUUGAGGAGUACGAGGUUUCGGAAGAUGAAGAUGGUGGAAUUCAGCCCGGUAUUACAAAGUUUACGGAGGGAAUAAAGGCUUUUAAAUUGGCUUUUAAGAAAGUUGUUAAGAAGAGUGGUGGUGAUGAAGAAGUACUGGGCCCUGUAUUGUCUGCCCACAAAAAACUAUUAGCCGAGAAGCUUGCUGAAGAAGAAGAAGAAAAGAAAGUCAAGGGGGAGGCAAAGAAAGAGAAGCACUUGAUAGGAGAGAAAGGGCAUGUGAAGCCUGAAAACUAUUUGGAUGCCCACGAAAAAUUUCUACUAUCAGUGGCCACCAAAGGAGUGGUCAAGUUGUUCAAUGCUGUAAAUAAAGCCCAGACAGCUCAGAAAGGUUUAAAUCCAUCAAGAUCAAAAGAUGAGAAAGUAAUUAAGAAGCGUACGAAGGAAGCCUUCUUCUCAGAGCUUGGAAAGACAUCAUCUCAAUCUGCUGGGACUGGGACUGUUGUUAAGGUGGGCACCUCUAAUGGUUCUGUGGAUGGUGAAACUCCUGCAUGGGCCCCUCUGCGUGAUAAUUACAUGCUCACAAACCCCAAGUUGAAAGAUUGGGAUAAGAUGCAGGAUGCGGAUGAUGCGGAUGAUUUUGGGGGUAAUGGCCAAGUUAAAAUAUUGGUUGGAAGGAGGAACUUAGAGAGACAAUACCGAGCUAUGGAAUGAUCAAUUUUCAACAGUUGGGAAUGAAGAAUAAUCAAAAGCCAUGCUCGCCGAGGACUGUCAUCUGAUGAUCCCAAAUCCAGAUUUAAGAUUACAAAAAUGUUGCAGCAUUCCAAGCUGGAUGACAACAUAAUCUUCUUAACAAUGUAGGGCCUGAUCCAUUUUAGAUCUAUGUGAUACGGUCACAUACACUGUUGUGUGGUAAAAGUUAUAGAAUAUCUUGAUUCUCUAUAGAGUGGCCAUGGAGUUUUUAAGCUUUGAUUUCUUGUUU